GACUCAGACCCCUGAUUGCCCACCGCCACCCUACCCGGGCCCUCGCAGGUUUUGUCUUGGGUAGCUGCCUCUCUGCGGGCCUCGGUACGCGCGCUCUCGGAGCCGGCGAUGGGUACACGGCGGUGGCUGUGUCUCCAACCCUACUUCGUUUGGCUGGGCUGCGUGGCGCUCUGGGUACAGGGCACGGCCAGCCAGCCCCAACCUCCGCUUCCCAAGCCACCCCUGCCGCAGUCGCCGCCGCAACAGGUCCGGCCCGCAGCGGUGGGCUCCGAAGGCGGGUUCGUGGCGCCCGAGUACCGGGAGGAGGGCGCCGUGGUUGCCAGCCGGGUCCGCAGGCGAGGACAGCAGGAAGUGCUCCGAGGGCCCAAUGUGUGCGGCUCCAGGUUCCACUCCUACUGCUGCCCGGGAUGGAAGACACUCCCCGGAGGAAACCAGUGCAUUGUCCCGAUUUGCAGAAACAGUUGCGGAGAUGGAUUUUGCUCCCGUCCUAACAUGUGCACGUGUUCUACUGGCCAAAUAUCACCAACGUGUGGGUCAAAAUCAAUUCAGCAGUGCAGUGUGAGAUGCAUGAACGGAGGGACCUGCGCGGAGGACCACUGCCAGUGCCAGAAGGGAUAUAUUGGAACUUACUGUGGACAACCUGUCUGCGACAAUGGCUGUCAGAAUGGCGGGCGAUGCAUCGGACCCAACCGCUGUGCGUGUAUUUAUGGAUUCACUGGUCCACAGUGUGAAAGAGAUUACAGGACCGGCCCGUGUUUCACUCAGGUCAACAACCAGAUGUGCCAAGGGCAGCUGACAGGCAUCGUCUGCACCAAGACGCUGUGCUGUGCCACCAUCGGGCGGGCCUGGGGCCACCCCUGUGAGAUGUGCCCGGCUCAGCCUCAGCCCUGCCGCCGCGGCUUCAUCCCCAACAUCCGCACCGGGGCUUGCCAAGAUGUUGAUGAAUGCCAGGCUAUCCCAGGGAUAUGCCAGGGAGGAAACUGCAUCAAUACAGUGGGCUCCUUUGAAUGUCGGUGCCCAGCUGGUCACAAGCAGAGCGAAACUUCUCAAAAGUGUGAAGACGUGGAUGAGUGCAGCGUCAUUCCCGGGAUAUGUGACACGGGCGAAUGCUCCAACACCGUGGGAAGCUAUUUUUGUGUGUGUCCACGUGGAUACAUAACCUCCACAGAUGGCUCUCGGUGCAUCGAUCAGAGAACAGGCACAUGUUUUUCGGGCCUGGUGAACGGCCGCUGUGCACAAGAGCUCCCAGGCAGAAUGACGAAGAUGCAGUGCUGCUGUGAGCCCGGCCGCUGCUGGGGUGUUGGAACCCUUCCUGAGGCCUGUCCCGUCAGAGGCUCCGAGGAGUAUCGCAGACUUUGCCUGGAUGGACUUCCAAUGGGAGGGGUACCAGGGAGUGCUGGUGCCAGACCAGGAGGUGCUGUGGGCAACGGCUUUGCCCCAAAUGGCAACAAUGGCAAUGGCUAUGGCCCAGGAGGUGCAGGCUUCAUCCCCGUUCCUGGAGGCAACGGCUUUUCUCCUGGUGUCGGGGGAGCUGGUGUGGGAGCCGGGGGCCAGGGACCCAUCAUCACUGGAUUAACAAUCCUGAACCAGACAAUAGACAUCUGUAAGCACCAUGCUAAUCUCUGUCUGCAUGGACGCUGCAUCCCAACUGUGUCCAGCUACCGAUGCGAAUGCAACAUGGGCUAUAAGCAGGAUGCCAGUGGAGACUGUAUAGAUGUUGAUGAAUGCACAUCAAAUCCCUGCACUAAUGGAGAUUGUGUUAACACACCUGGAUCCUAUUACUGCAAAUGUCAUGCUGGAUUCCAGAGGACUCCGACCAAGCAAGCAUGCAUCGAUAUUGAUGAGUGCAUCCAGAAUGGAGUUCUUUGUAAAAAUGGUCGAUGCGUGAAUACAGAUGGAAGUUUCCAGUGUAUUUGCAAUGCCGGCUUUGAGUUAACUACAGAUGGAAAAAACUGUGUUGAUCAUGAUGAAUGCACAACUACCAACAUGUGUUUGAAUGGGAUGUGCAUCAAUGAAGAUGGCAGCUUCAAGUGCAUCUGUAAACCAGGAUUUGUCUUGGCUCCAAAUGGGCGUUACUGUACUGAUGUUGACGAAUGCCAGACCCCCGGAAUAUGCAUGAAUGGGCACUGCAUCAACAACGAAGGGUCCUUCCGCUGUGACUGCCCCCCAGGCCUGGCCGUGGGUGUGGAUGGACGUGUGUGUGUUGAUACUCACAUGCGCAGCACCUGCUACGGAGGCAUCAAGAAGGGGGUGUGUGUGCGUCCAUUCCCUGGCGCCGUGACCAAGUCAGAAUGCUGCUGUGCCAACCCGGACUAUGGUUUUGGAGAGCCCUGCCAUCCCUGUCCUGCCAAAAACUCAGCUGAAUUCCAUGGCCUUUGUAGCAGUGGAGUAGGCAUCACCGUGGAUGGAAGAGAUAUCAAUGAAUGUGCUUUGGAUCCUGAUAUAUGUGCCAAUGGAAUCUGUGAAAACCUGCGUGGUAGUUACCGUUGUAACUGCAACAGUGGCUAUGAACCAGACGCCUCUGGAAGGAACUGUAUUGACAUUGACGAGUGCCUGGUCAACAGACUGCUGUGUGAUAACGGGCUGUGCCGGAACACGCCGGGGAGCUACAGCUGCACGUGCCCGCCCGGCUAUGUGUUCCGGACGGAGACGGAGACCUGUGAAGACGUAAAUGAAUGUGAAAGCAACCCCUGUGUCAAUGGGGCCUGCAGGAACAACCUUGGAUCCUUCAACUGUGAAUGUUCCCCUGGCAGCAAACUGAGCUCCACAGGAUUGAUCUGUAUUGACAGCCUGAAAGGGACAUGCUGGCUCAACAUCCAGGACAACCGCUGUGAGGUGAAUAUUAAUGGAGCCACUCUGAAAUCCGAAUGCUGUGCCACCCUUGGAGCAGCGUGGGGGAGCCCCUGUGAGCGGUGUGAACUAGAUGCAGCAUGCCCCAGAGGAUUUGCCAGGGUUAAAGGCGUCACUUGUGAAGAUGUUAAUGAGUGUGAGGUGUUUCCUGGCGUUUGUCCAAAUGGACGCUGUGUCAACAGCCAAGGAUCUUUUCACUGUGAGUGUCCGGAAGGCCUCACGUUGGAUGGAACUGGCCGCGUAUGUUUGGACAUCCGCACGGAGCAGUGCUUCUUGAAGUGGGAUGAAGAUGAGUGCAUCCACCCUGUCCCCGGCAAGUUCCGCAUGGACGCCUGCUGCUGCGCUGUGGGGGCUGCCUGGGGCACUGAGUGCGAGGAGUGCCCCAAGCCUGGCACCAAGGAGUACGAGGCCCUGUGCCCCCGGGGACCUGGCUUUGCCAACAGAGGGGACGUUCUGACGGGACGGCCGUUCUACAAAGAUAUCAACGAAUGCAAAGCCUUCCCCGGGAUGUGCACCUAUGGCAAGUGCAGAAACACCAUCGGGAGCUUCAAGUGCCGCUGCAACAGUGGCUUUGCCCUGGACUUGGAGGAAAGGAACUGCACAGACAUCGACGAAUGCAGGAUCUCCCCUGACCUGUGCGGCAGUGGAGUCUGCGUGAACACGCCGGGCAGCUUUGAGUGCGAGUGCUUCGAUGGCUACGAGAGCGGGUUCAUGAUGAUGAAGAACUGUAUGGACAUUGACGAAUGUGAACGUAACCCUCUCCUUUGUAGGGGUGGCACCUGUGUGAACACUGAGGGCAGCUUCCAGUGUGACUGCCCACUGGGACACGAGCUGUCACCAUCACGGGAGGACUGUGUGGAUGUGAACGAAUGCUCCCUGAGUGACAAUCUCUGCAGAAACGGAAAGUGUGUGAACAUGAUCGGAACCUACCAGUGCUCCUGCAAUCCUGGAUACCAAGCCACACCCGACCGCCAGGGCUGUACAGAUAUUGACGAAUGCAUGAUAAUGAACGGGGGCUGUGACACACGGUGCACAAAUUCGGAAGGAAGCUAUGAAUGCAGCUGCAGCGAAGGCUAUGCUCUGAUGCCAGACGGGAGGUCGUGUGCAGAUAUUGAUGAGUGUGAGAACAAUGCUGACAUCUGUGACGGGGGUCAGUGUACCAACAUCCCUGGAGAGUACCGCUGCCUGUGCUACGACGGCUUCAUGGCUUCCAUGGACAUGAAAACAUGCAUCGAUGUGAAUGAGUGUGACUUAAACUCAAACAUCUGCAUGUUCGGGGAGUGUGAGAACACCAAAGGGUCCUUCAUUUGCCACUGCCAGCUGGGUUACUCGGUGAAGAAAGGGACUACGGGCUGCACAGAUGUGGACGAAUGUGAAAUUGGCGCCCACAACUGCGACAUGCAUGCCUCUUGUCUGAAUGUCCCGGGAAGCUUCAAAUGCAGCUGCCGAGAAGGCUGGAUUGGAAACGGCAUCAAGUGUAUCGAUCUGGAUGAAUGCUCCAACGGUACCCACCAGUGUAGCAUAAACGCCCAGUGCGUGAACACCCCCGGCUCGUACCGCUGCGCCUGCUCUGAAGGUUUCACCGGGGACGGCUUCACCUGCUCAGAUGUCGAUGAGUGUGCAGAAAACAUCAAUCUCUGUGAGAAUGGACAGUGCCUCAACGUGCCGGGUGCAUAUCGCUGCGAGUGUGAGAUGGGCUUCACACCAGCCACGGAUAGCAGGUCCUGCCAAGAUAUUGAUGAAUGUUCCUUCCAAAACAUCUGUGUCUUCGGAACUUGCAACAACUUGCCUGGAAUGUUCCACUGUAUCUGCGAUGAUGGUUAUGAAUUGGACAGAACAGGAGGGAACUGUACAGACAUUGAUGAGUGUGCAGACCCCAUAAACUGUGUCAACGGCCUCUGUGUGAACACGCCUGGUCGCUAUGAGUGUAACUGCCCACCAGACUUCCAGCUGAACCCCACUGGAGUAGGCUGUGUUGAUAACCGCGUGGGCAACUGCUACCUCAAGUUUGGUCCUCGAGGAGACGGGAGUCUGUCCUGCAACACAGAGAUCGGGGUGGGCGUCAGUCGCUCCUCCUGCUGCUGCUCCCUCGGGAAGGCUUGGGGAAACCCCUGCGAGACGUGCCCCCCUGUCAACAGCACUGAAUACUAUACCCUGUGUCCGGGAGGCGAAGGCUUCAGACCAAACCCCAUCACAAUCAUCUUGGAAGACAUUGACGAGUGCCAGGAGCUACCAGGUCUGUGCCAGGGAGGAAACUGUAUCAACACUUUUGGAAGCUUCCAGUGUGAGUGUCCGCAAGGCUACUACCUCAGCGAGGAGACCCGCAUCUGUGAAGACAUUGAUGAGUGCUUCGCCCAUCCUGGGGUCUGUGGUCCUGGGACCUGCUACAACACCCUGGGAAACUACACCUGCAUUUGCCCCCCGGAAUACAUGCAGGUCAACGGAGGCCACAACUGCAUGGACAUGAGGAAAAGCUUCUGCUACCGCAGCUACAACGGAACCACCUGUGAGAAUGAGCUGCCAUUUAAUGUGACCAAGAGGAUGUGCUGCUGCACGUACAACGUAGGCAAAGCCUGGAACAAACCAUGUGAACCGUGCCCAGCACCAGGAACAGCUGACUUUAAAACCAUCUGUGGAAACAUCCCAGGAUUCACAUUUGACAUUCACACAGGAAAAGCUGUUGACAUCGACGAGUGUAAAGAGAUUCCAGGCAUUUGUGCCAACGGCGUGUGCAUUAACCAGAUUGGCAGUUUCCGCUGUGAAUGCCCGACAGGAUUCAGUUACAAUGACCUGCUCCUGGUUUGUGAAGACAUCGACGAGUGCAGCAACGGCGACAACCUGUGCCAGCGCAACGCAGACUGCAUCAACAGUGCGGGCAGCUACCGCUGCGAGUGUGCCGCGGGCUUCAAGCUCUCGCCUAAUGGGGCGUGUGUAGAUCGCAACGAAUGUUUAGAAAUUCCGAACGUUUGCAGUCACGGUCUGUGUGUUGAUCUGCAAGGGAGUUACCAGUGUGUCUGCCAUAAUGGCUUCAAAGCUUCCCAGGACCAGACCAUGUGCAUGGAUGUUGACGAGUGUGAGCGACACCCAUGUGGAAAUGGAACGUGUAAAAACACCGUCGGCUCCUACAACUGCCUGUGCUACCCAGGAUUCGAACUCACUCAUAAUAGCGACUGCCUGGAUGUAGAUGAAUGCAGUUCCUUUUUUGGUCAAGUGUGCAGAAAUGGACGGUGUUUCAAUGAAAUUGGUUCCUUCAAGUGUUUAUGUAAUGAAGGUUAUGAACUCACGACAGACGGUAAAAACUGCAUAGAUACUAAUGAGUGCAUCGCCCUCCCCGGUUCAUGUUCUCCUGGGACCUGUCAGAAUUUGGAGGGCUCCUUCCGGUGCAUCUGCCCCCCAGGAUAUGAAGUAAAAAGCGAGAACUGCAUUGAUAUCAAUGAAUGUGAUGAAGAUCCCAACAUCUGUCUUUUUGGAUCCUGCACCAAUACCCCCGGUGGCUUCCAGUGCAUCUGUCCCCCUGGUUUCGUGCUGUCUGAUAACGGACGAAGGUGCUUUGAUACUCGCCAGAGCUUCUGCUUCACGAAUUUCGAAAAUGGAAAGUGUUCAGUGCCCAAAGCUUUCAACACCACGAAAGCAAAAUGCUGCUGCAGUAAGAUGCCAGGAGAAGGCUGGGGUGACCCCUGUGAGCUGUGCCCCAAAGACGAUGAAGUUGCAUUCCAGGAUUUGUGUCCAUAUGGCCAUGGAACUGUCCCUAGUCUUCAUGACACACGUGAAGAUGUCAACGAGUGUCUUGAGAGCCCAGGCAUCUGUUCCAAUGGUCAGUGUAUCAACACCGACGGGUCUUUUCGCUGUGAAUGUCCGAUGGGCUACAACCUGGAUUACACCGGAGUGCGCUGUGUGGAUACUGACGAGUGUUCCAUUGGCAAUCCAUGUGGAAAUGGGACAUGCACCAAUGCGGUUGGGAGUUUUGAAUGCAAUUGCAACGAAGGCUUUGAGCCAGGACCCAUGAUGAAUUGUGAAGAUAUCAACGAGUGUGCCCAGAAUCCGCUGCUCUGUGCUUUCCGCUGCAUGAACACCUUUGGGUCCUAUGAAUGCACUUGCCCCAUUGGCUAUGCCCUCAGGGAAGAUCAGAAGAUGUGUAAAGACCUGGAUGAGUGUGUGGAAGGGCUGCAUGACUGCGAGUCACGGGGCAUGAUGUGCAAGAACCUGAUCGGCACCUUCAUGUGCAUCUGUCCGCCGGGGAUGGCGCGCAGGCCUGACGGCGAAGGCUGUGUGGAUGAGAACGAGUGCAGGACCAAGCCAGGAAUCUGUGAAAAUGGGCGCUGCGUUAACACCGUCGGCAGUUACAGGUGCGAAUGCAAUGAAGGGUUCCAGUCCAGCUCCUCAGGGACCGAGUGUCUGGACAACCGGCAGGGCCUGUGCUUCGCCGAAGUGCUGCAGACCAUGUGCCAGAUGGCGUCCAGCAGCCGCAACCUGGUCACCAAGUCGGAAUGCUGCUGUGACGGUGGGCGAGGCUGGGGCCAUCAGUGUGAGCUCUGCCCGCUCCCUGCGACUGCCCAGUACAAGAAGCUCUGUCCUCACGGCCCCGGGUACAGCACCGACGGGAGAGAUAUUGAUGAGUGCAAGGUGAUGCCAAACCUGUGCCCCAACGGCCAGUGCAUCAACACCAUGGGCUCCUUCCGCUGCUUCUGCAAGGCUGGCUACACCACGGACAUCAGUGGGACCACCUGCGUGGACCUUGACGAGUGUUCCCAGUCCCCGAAACCCUGCAACUUCAUCUGCAAGAACACAGAGGGGAGUUACCAGUGCUCCUGUCCGCGGGGCUACGUGCUGCAGGAGGAUGGGAAGACGUGCAGAGACCUUGAUGAGUGUCAGACCAAGCAACACAACUGCCAGUUCCUCUGCGUCAACACCCUGGGAGGUUUCACGUGUAAAUGUCCCCCUGGCUUCACUCAGCACCACACUGCUUGUAUUGACAACAACGAGUGUGGGUCUCAGCCGUCCCUGUGCGGGGCGAAGGGCAUCUGUCAGAACACGCCUGGCAGCUUCAACUGUGAGUGCCAGCGAGGGUUCUCUCUGGAUGCCACCGGGCUCAACUGCGAAGAUGUGGACGAAUGCGACGGGAGCCACAGGUGCCAGCACGGCUGCCAGAACACCCUGGGAGGUUACAGGUGCGGCUGCCCUCAGGGAUACAUCCAGCACUACCAGUGGAACCAGUGUGUCGAUGAGAACGAGUGUUCCAACCCCAAUGCCUGUGGCUCCGCAUCCUGCUACAACACCCUGGGAAGUUACAAGUGCACCUGCCCAUCUGGGUUCUCCUUCGACCAGUUCUCCAGUGCCUGCCAUGAUGUGAAUGAGUGUUCGUCCUCCAAAAACCCCUGCAAUUACGGCUGCUCCAACACAGAGGGAGGCUACCUCUGUGGCUGCCCACCUGGGUACUACAGAGUGGGCCAAGGCCACUGCGUGUCAGGACUGGGCUUCAACAAAGGGCAGUACCUGUCGCUGGACACAGAGGUGGACGAGGAGAAUGCCCUGUCCCCGGAAGCCUGCUACGAGUGCAAAAUCAACGGCUACCCUAAGAAAGACAGCAGGCGGAAGAGGAGCACCCAGGAGCUGGAAGCAGCAGCUGUGCAGCCCAGCACCCUGCAGAGCAUUGCCAUGGACAGCCCUGUCCACGUGAAGCUGAACGUGUCAGGCCUGGGCUCCAAGGAGCACAUCUUGGAACUCCUGCCGGCCAUCGAGCCCCUCACCAACCAUGUCCGCUACGUCAUCUCCCAUGGGAACGAAGCGGGCGCCUUCCGUAUCCACCAGCGCAACGGCCUCAGCUACUUGCACCCGGCCCGGAAGAAGCUGGCGCCUGGCACCUACACACUGGAAAUCUCGAGCGUCCCUCUCUACAAGAAGAAGGAGCUCCAGAAACUGGAGGAGACUAACGACCACGACUACCUCCUGGGCGAGCUGGGGGCAGCUCUGCGCAUGCGUCUGCAGAUCCAGCUCUACUGA